AUGAAUUUUGGACAGAGCACUAGACGUUACUCAGAGGGGGAUGCUCAAUCUCUAAGGGUUAGUAUACCUCAGAGAAGUUGUUCUGCUCCUCCUAGAUUGAGCAGGGAGAAUCAUGUUACGAUAUCCCCCUGGUCUCCUUCCUCAUCGAUGAACGUUCAGGCACUUCAUGACACCUUUGAAACCCCUUCUGGGAUGAAUCGCGAUAGCUCUUGUGUGAUCUACGAGACUGGAAAAGGUGGCUUGUCGCAUGAGGAACGACCAGCAUCUUUGGAGCGUGAAUCGCAUAGACCGGCAUGGUUGAAGGAUCGACGAUCAAACCUUCCAGGUGAAAAACCAGUUGCAGGAAUUUUGUUCUCUGGUGGUCCACCAUCCGCCUUGAGUGAACAAAGUCAACACGAAACAUUCAAGCAAGUGAACCCCUUUCCUGUCUUUGGUUUAAGAAAAGACCCAGCUUCAACUGUUAGCCGAUAG